GUGACCGGAAUUGAUAGAAAAUGUAACGGUCCAUUUACUCGCUAUUAUUUAAACAAGACAAAUAGUUUCAUCGCGCAUUAUACGUGUAGUCUUAUCAUUGUGUAGGCAGGCAGCUAGUGGUUCUUCAGUCUGUGAAAAUUAUUGAAAAUCGAUGAAAAUGCUCAAAUUAGUUUUAUUUUGUUGCACUGUGGUUUUGCAAUGGCAAUAUUAUCAUUGUUUCGAACCAAUUGUUAUGAACAGCCGAUACGCAAAUGAAGUUGCGCUGUUCAAACAAUGGAUGGUUAAGCACCAACGAUCCUAUAAUUCAGAAGAUGAGCACGAUUACAGAUUGCUGAAAUUUGUUAACAAUUUGCAAAUAAUAAAUAGACACAAUUCGGAGCAACAUGGAUGGGAAAUGGGACUUAAUCAGUUCUCAGAUAUGGAUUUUGAAGAAUUUCGCUUCAAUAUUCUGGGAGAUCCACAAAAUUGCAGUGCGACAAAAACUCGUUCAUUUUUUGCUUCGAAUACACCCACAAAAAAGGAUUGGCGAGAAGAGGGAAACUAUGUUACCGCUGUUAAAAAUCAGGGACAUUGCGGGAGCUGUUGGACGUUUUCCACGACCGGUUGUCUUGAGUCAGCAACCGCCAUACACAAAGACGGACAUCCACUGUAUACCCUUUCAGAACAACAGCUUGUAGACUGUGCAACUGCCUUUGACGAUUUCGGAUGCAACGGGGGCUUACCUAGUCACGCAUUUGAGUAUAUCAAGUAUAAUAAAGGACUUGAAUCAGAGGAUGACUAUCCUUAUGAUGCAAAGAUGGGACCUUGUGAAUUCGAUCCUACUCUCGCUAAGGCGAAUGUGUAUGAUGUUGUUAAUAUCACAAAGGACGAUGAAGAGUCAAUUGUAAAUGCAGUCGGUACCAUGAACCCAGUUAGCGUUGCGUUCCAAGUUACCCCAGAUUUUCAGCACUAUAAGUCAGGAAUAUAUUCUAACCCGAAGUGCGGAUCAUUGCCAUCGCAAGUCAACCACGCCGUUCUGGCUGUUGGGUAUGACGCGGAUGUAUCCGGGAAACCUUACUGGAUUAUCAAGAACUCUUGGGGUACUACAUUUGGCAUCGAAGGGUAUUUCUACAUGGAAAGAGGUUCCAACAUGUGUGGAGUCGCUACUUGCGCUUCGUACCCAAUUGUCGUGCCAUAAUCCAUACACGUUGUGCAAGUCCGUUUUACAUUUUCGUGCCGUUAUAAGAUAACGAUAAGUAAAAUGGAUCUUUUUGUUCAUCUAUCAUCAUGCAAUUUAUCAAGCAUAAAUUAAAUAAUGAAGUUUACGUGUGCAAUAUCAUAAAACAAAUAAAUUGUCCAUUUGAAACGAAUCAUUGAGGGGCUUAUGUCUUUUCGUGCAACCGUUUAAUUCAUACAGUGCAUUUCAUCUUUUAUGAAUUUGGUCACUGAUUUAAAUAAUAAAAAAACAUGCUCGUAACCAGGAUGUUAUGUUUUUUUUUAUUUUAAAUACUUAUGAUGGAUAUUUGGUAUUUUUUGUUUUCUGAAAAUGUUCUUUUUUCCUUCAAAAUAUUUAUUUUGAACUGUUUUGGUGUUUCAUUAACUUUUUAAGCUAUUAACCUGAAUCAACAAGCGUUUUAGGUGUCGCUGCCUGAAGACCUCUUGAGGUCCCUCGCGACUCCUGUCACACAAUUUAAGUUAGUUUCCACUUGUAUUUGUAAUAUUUUUUCAUAUAUCAUACCAUGUUUGAAUUGUGUUGACGAAUAAAUGAUGAUU